ACCAUUAAUUUUCAACAUAUUUUAAGAAAUAAUCGAAAAUGAAAGCUUCUAUCUUGUCUACCGUCUUGUUAUCUGCAUUAGGUGUCGUGUCAGCUGCAUCUCCAGAUGAAUUGAAAAUCAAGGUUAUCACUCCAGUUGAAUGUCAUCGUAAAACUAGAGCUGGUGACUAUAUAAGUGUUCACUAUGAAGGUAAACUUGAAGAUGGAACUGUAUUCGAUUCUUCAUACAAUCGUGGUGUUGCUUUACCAUUCAAUCUUGGUCAAGGACAAGUGAUUAAGUGUUGGGAUGAAGGUUUAUUAGAUAUGUGUAAAGGGGAAGUUAGAGAAUUAUGGUGUCAUCCAAAUGUUGCUUAUGGUGAAAGAGGAAUUGGACCAAUUCCACCAAACUCUGCUUUGAUUUUCAAGGCUGAAUUAUUUGACAUUGCAGGUGUUGAUGUUAGUGAAGAAACUCAACCUGAAAAGGAUGAAUUGUAAAAUGGUUGUCUAGAGAUAUUACCUAUAAAACACACAGACCAUUAAUCUAGCUAUUUUUAUAUAGUAAACUAUCUAUGCCACUGUUGUAAGAGAACAGACCGUGUAAUCAACUUGAAUUGAUAUUUCAGAACCCCUCCUUACGUAAGGUAUCAUGGUAUAUAUUUCGCCAAGUAUCG